AUGCUUGGAGUUUAAUCUAGCUGUGAAUGAUAACCAAAAUCCUUGUGAAUUACUGCUUUAUUUACUGACUGAAUUGCAAAGAAAGGAAAACCAAACUAAAAUGAAAAUAAUGAGUUUCUUUCAUGGACUCUGCUGCAGAUUGGGUAAAUAUGUCAAACAAAACAGCAACAGGAAUUCAAUGUGGAGGUGGGAGAUGGUAUUUUCUGGACAAAUGCAGAACCUUGGCAUUAACCGGACAAACAUAUCUUACAACCAGGUUUACAGGAGUCUGAGGUACUUGAAAAUUAAGGAAAGAGAGGCGUGUUCAAACUUACCAGACUCUGUAACUGAACUUGUCACUGAAGAUGGGUGCAAGGUCUACCUGGUUGGCACAAUCCACUACAGUAGAAAGAGCAUAAUGGAUGUACAACAGGUUAUCCAGAUGGUGCAACCUGACGCUGUGGUGGUAGAACUUUGUAAACUGAGAGAGCCGUUUCUAACAUUAGAUGAGCGGGUCAUAGAAGAAGCAGACAAGCUGGAUUUAAACAAAAUACAGGCAUUAAUGAAGCAGCUUGGUGUGUGGCCUACUCUGUGGUUAAUUCUGUUACUGAAGAUCUCAGACAUUCUAACUAAAGAGCUGGGCAUUUUACCAGGUGGAGAAUUCAGGCGGGCUUACAGAGAGGCUCAGAAGAUCCCAUUUUGUCAAAUCUAUGUUGGAGACCGUCCAUUCCUGAUCACUUUGAAAAGAUUUGCUGCUACAAUUUCUGCCUGGGACCUGGUGAAAACGCUAAUUGGACUUGGCUUCUUUUCCCAGCCAAAUGCUAUUUGUAAAGAGGUUGUUCAGCAGAUAAAGAAAAAUCAUGAUUUCGAUCAGACUGUCCAACUGAUGAAGGCAGAGAUUCCUGCAUUGUAUCGUACUUUUGUAGUGGAACGGGACAUCUACUUAACUCAGUCGCUGAAGGAUGUAGCUAAACCCAUUUUACUACCUAAAAUUUCACCGUCUGAGCCGCAGCAGGUUAUACCAUCGGUUGUGGUAGGGGUGGUUGGAUGUGCCCAUGUGGCUGGAAUAAAGAAAUACUGGAACAAGCAAUUAAAUACUCAAGAAUUGCUCAGGCUACCAGACCCUUCUUUACUGAGCAGAAUCUUCCAGGUUACUUCUGUGGUUGCUGUAUAUGGACUGAAGACUUACUUCUAUUACAAAAUAGCACAAAUAGUGAUUUGGCUGUUUGCUUAAACUUAUGAGUGCCUGACUUGUUUCAGCAUGGUUUAUUGCAGAUGUACAGACUUAUAGAUCAUGAACCUAUUACAGUCUUUAUGGUGCUCGUACCCUUUCUAUGAAAGCAAAUUAUUGAUUUAUCAUUCCAGUUUAAGGGGUUUGUGAACUUUUCCACUGAUCUACUUUUGAAAUAAUAGCUGAGAGCUACACAAACACAGGCAAUGAAAUUUCAUUCCUGUUCACAUAAAGAGACACGGAAUCAAUUUUUCCUGUUGUAACCAAUAUGAUGAAAAGCCGUGGCAGAACUAACACUGCUCUUUUGCAGAUUAUGACAGGGGGAAAUUGGUGGUGGGUUAAUAGUGCCCUCUUUCAUGGUUAAUGCUAUAAACAUUACAGUGGGUUUACAUCCAUUGUUGGAUGACUGUGGAUUGUAUAAUUGCAUUUCUUACUACUUUGCCUGGUGGUUUGACAUUGAUUUAAUUUUUCAUUGUAUGUAAAAUCUAU